AUGAUUGGAGCUGCCGGCAAAUCAAAUAGCUGUUUAGGUCGGUAUUUCUUCACUACUUUAAGUAUGGCUUGUUAAUGACGGCAAAUAAGCCAAAAAUGAUCAUUCUGGUUUCCCUUUUACUUGUCGAUAAUCCUCUUCUGUACAUUUUCCUCUCGGUAUUUCAAGCGUAGCCGUUUAUGUACACUUUUCUGACUGACAGCUUUGUUGUGUUAGAGGUUGCUUCUUUGAUUCACAUUAACCGGCCAUUCAUAGUACUGUUGUCGAAGCACAGGGAUGACAAAAGUGUGCAAGCACACAUCGUCACAUUUCAAUCCAUCUCCUCUGACAAUUUACCUCGUCGCAGUUCGGCUCAUCCUAAAAACCUCCUUCCUUGUAGACUAUAAACUUAUCUCCAACCGGGUGUUUAUCUUCUGUUCAGUUAAUAUAAAACGUGUUUGUUCCAUCGCAUAGUAUUACUCUCUUCAGUGGGAACAUUUUAACAUGGAUGUUUAUGGUUUGUUCUUUCCACCAACUUGCGUUUACCUCUCGACUUAUAGCGCACGAUCUCCAAAUGGUAUACUUACUCAUUUCCUAUGCCCUCGCUCGCUUACUCCCCCCUCCGUUCCUUAUCCUCCCCUCCCCAAUGGCAGAUUUUCCGAGGAAGGAACUACGGUGCCGUCUGGCCAUCGCGGUAACGGCAAACUUUGUCAACUACAACACAGCUGAUGAAGCACGCGUGGAAGAAAUUUCGGGGGUCGCAAGUAUCUUCAAUCAGCAGUACUUUUCACUUCUCUCCAAAACCCUGGGCAUCGAACUGGAGAAUUUAGUCUACUACAAGGAUGAAACCCACUACUUUGUGAUGACUGCUAAGAAGCACUCUCUCCUUUCCAAGGGUGUCCUCAAAAAGGCGAGUUCACGCCAGUUGUCAUGUUGUCACCCAGUACUUUGCUCGCCCAUUGUUCUUUAA